AUGGCAUAUAAACUGGCUGAGAAAUGCAACCAACAUCACAAAUUCAACCGAGAAAAGCAAAUUGCCGGAAUGGAUUGGCUGCAGUUAUUCUUAAAAAGAAAUCCAGAACUCUCAAUUCGCAAAUCAGAGGGAGUUUCACAGGCACGAUCAAUGGGAUUAAACAAGAAAAACGUUUCAGACUACUUUUCAUUGUUGCAGAACAUCUUGAUAGAGCACAACCUCCUUGAUAAGCCGGGAAACAUAUUUAACGUAGAUGAGUCCGGACUUCAACUGAAUAAUAGACCAGGUUAUGUGCUAGCAGCCAAAGGAUCCAAGAGCGUUCCGGCAAUAACAUCGGGUGAAAAGGGUGAAACUAUAUCCGUAAUCGCUUGCUGCAAUGGAGAGGGCAUGUUUUUACCCCCUGCCUGUGUUUUGAAGGGAAAAAAUGAAAAAGCUGAGUACAAAGAUGGUAUGCCGCCGGGUUCCAUAAUUUUUAUGUCACAAAAGUCGGCGUAUGUAACAACUGAUAUCUUCCAUCUAUGGCUAAGGAACCAUUUUGCACCCAGAAAGCCUGAUGGGACAGUAGUGCUCAUUUUGGAUGGACAUAGUUCUCACUGCAGCAGUGUGGAGACAUUAGAGUUCGCCGAAGACAAUAACAUAGUUUUGCUGUGUCUACCCAGCCACACGACGCAUUACUUACAACCACUAGAUAGAGCAUUUUUUAAAGCUCUAAAAUCCUAUUAUUACAAUGCUUGCAAUUCCUACAUUAAAAUGAAUGCAAAUAGAAAAAUCUCGAGACUAGUUUUCGGAGGACUGCUUUCGAAAGCAUGGGUACAAGCAGCUACGACAGAGAACGCACUAUCGGGGUUCAGGAGUACAGGAGUUUUCCCGUUUUGUCCUGAUGCCAUCCCCGAAUACGCCUUUUUAACAUCAGAUUCGAAUCAACAACAAGAAUACAACGGGUCACGUGAAAAUAGAUCUAAUUCACCUCAACCAGGUUGUUCGCAUUGGCAGGAAAGCCGGAAAUCAUCAGAUAAGACAAUCACCAAUCAAGGACUUGAACACAGACAAGCUUCACCACAAUUGGGCUGUCCUCAAAAGGGGAAAAAUCCACUGGAAAACAUGUGUUCCUCAUCAGAAGCAACGGAUCUGACUUCAACAGUGGCACCAGAACAAUCUGAUAUAACCCCUGGAAAACUCUUGGAUAAUAUUUUGCCGAUACUUCAUAUCCAAAAUAAAGUUGCAUCUGCAAGGAAAAAUUCCAGAGCUUUAGCUGAGGUUUUGAAUUCUCCAGAAAACAUCGUUAAACUUCGAAACAGAAAGCGACAAAACAAAACAAUUCCGUCAGUAAAAAUUGGAGCAAAUGCUAUAAGGAAGCCCAGAGAAAAUGCCUUAGCCAAAAAAUUUAACAAAGGGAAUAUCAAAGACAAGCAAAAUAAGAAACGAAAAGUAUACACUACUGACAUCGAAUCCGACUCAUCUCUGGAUGUCGACUUGCAGGACAAGGAUGACGACGUGGACGAUGAAGAGAGUUGUUGUGUAGGGUGCGGUGAACUGUACAGUUGCACUAAAAAGGCCGUCGAUUGGAUCAAAUGUGUUAGCUGCCAACAUUGGCUGCACGAAGAUUGCUCAACAUAUGAAUCCAUGUGUGAUUUGUGUGGUAAAAAGCAAAAUAAGUGA